UUGGAAGAGGCGCGGACUCAGAACAUACUAGUAGGCUACACAAGUGGUGGAGGGAGUGAGUGUAUGCUCGCAUACUGUACAGCAGGCUACAAGGACCAUGCCAAGUAUAGCUGGAGCGGCGACGCCGUGGCAAGGUUCUUAUCGAUUAUUUUUAGAAUCUAUGCAUUGUUACGCUUAACAUUCGUAAACGAGCGUCAAGAUUCGUAAAACAUGUUAUUUGAGAGAAAACCCGGCGUCUGUUAUUCUCGUAUGCAUAUGAGAAAAUCGUCGGUGAGUUCAUGUGUCUUAUUCGACGAAGUGGCAAUUUUUAAAGCUUGUGGAGUGGAAGACUUUUGGAGUCUGGCUUUAUAUUUACAGUCAUAGUUUGUAAGAUGUAAAGCAUAGGUUGAAAGAGAAAAUAGACCGAGACCGUGCGUCAGACACCCACUGAAUGUAGCCUACAGGGGAAACAUAGUCGGUGUCUUCUAUGUUUAUCUCCGGGCUGGCCGGUUACCCUCUGGCUUUCGUUUCUCGCUGUGAUACAAAAUAGCUUCUCAAAAGGAUGCAGGUGAAAAAACAAAUGUGUUCCGACAGGAGCCCCGGAGAGAGCAUCCGUAAAAAGUCAUCAUGCUUCUCAAACAUCAAGAUAUUCUUGAUAUCGGAAUGUGCCCUGAUGCUGGCACAAGGCACUGUUGGAGCCUACCUGGUGAGUGUCCUGACAACCCUGGAGCGACGAUUCAAUCUCCAAAGUGCCGACGUGGGUGUGAUCGCCAGCAGCUUUGAGAUUGGCAACCUGGCUCUCAUCCUAUUCGUCAGCUACUUCGGGGCCAAAGCCCACCGGCCAAGGUUGAUUGGCUGUGGGGGUAUCGUCAUGGCACUAGGAGCUCUUCUGUCAGCACUGCCGGAGUUUCUAACCAAACAAUACGAGUACCAGCCAGGGCAGACAUGGAGGACUGAGGUGGGCAGGAAUGGGUGCGCCAACAGUACCAGGAAUGGUGGGCAGUACAUAGAGGAGAUGUGUUCCAACAAGGCCAACACCAACAUGAUGUACCUGUUGCUGAUUGGGGCCCAGAUGCUGCUGGGGAUUGGAGCCACCCCAGUUCAGCCCCUGGGUGUGUCCUACAUAGAUGACCAUGUGAAGAGGAAAGACUCCUCUCUGUAUAUAGGGAUCGUCUUUUCUACUCUGGUGUUUGGACCUGCCUGUGGUUUCCUCCUGGGAUCCCUCUGCACCAAGUUCUAUGUGGACUUUGUCUUCAUCGACACAAGUAAGCUGGACAUUACCUCUGAUGACCCUCGGUGGAUCGGAGCCUGGUGGGGGGGCUUCCUCCUGUGUGGUGCCUUACUCUUCUUCUCAUCCCUCUUCAUGUUUGGCUUUCCCCAAACCCUGUCAGACCGAGAGAAGGACAGGGAUGGUGGAGGGGAGAGUGAGCAGGCCAUGCUCCCCUCUUCCUCUCUGCCCCUGGACUAUAAUGAGAUGCCCAAGUCCAGCAACGGGGUGGGACGCAACAACCAUGAGCCCAUCAAUGGUCCCACCUGCUUUCAGCAGCUCAGAGUGAUCCCUAAGGUUACCAAGCACCUUCUGUCAAACCCGGUGUUCACUUGCAUCACGCUGGCAGCCUGUAUGGAGAUCGGUGUGGUGGCUGGCUUCGCUGCCUUCCUGGGGAAGUACUUGGAGCAGCAGUUUAACCUCACCACCUCCUCAGCUAAUCAACUACUAGGAAUGACUGCCAUCCCCUGUGCUUGUCUGGGGAUAUUCCUGGGGGGGCUUCUGGUCAAAAAGCUGAACCUCUCAGCGCUGGGGGCCAUUCGCAUGGCCAUGCUGGUCAACCUGAUCUCCACCGCCUGCUACGUCUCCUUCCUCUUCCUUGGCUGUGACACAGGGCCUGUCGCUGGGGUGACCGUCGCCUAUGGCAACGAGACACUGCGGGUGGGCGAGAAGCCAGAGGUCCCCUGCAUGAGUAACUGUAACUGCUACACCUCAUCAGUCAGCCCAGUAUGCGGCUCCAACGGAGUCACCUACCUGUCCUCCUGCUUCGCAGGCUGCACUACAACAAAUCUGACAGGGUGUACAUGUAUAUCCAGUGACAGCGAGAAGGCCACAGCUGUCCCAGGGAAGUGUCCCAGUCCAGGCUGCCAGGAGGCCUUCCUCACCUUCCUCUGUGUCAUCUGUGCCUGCUGCAUGAUCGGCUCCAUGGCUCAAACACCCUCCGUCAUCAUCCUCAUCAGGACUGUGAGCCCUGAGCUGAAAUCAUAUGCUCUUGGAGUUUUGUUUCUCUUGCUGCGACUACUUGGAUUCAUCCCCCCUCCUCUGAUCUUUGGUGCUGGGAUUGACUCAACAUGCCUUUUCUGGAGUACAGAGUGUGGGGAUAAGGGAGCCUGCCUGCUGUACGACAAUAUCGCCUACAGACAUCUGUAUGUGAGCCUGGCCAUUGGUCUUAAGGUCACCGCCUUCAUUCUGUACACCACUACUUGGUACUGUUUACGCAAGAACUAUAAGAAAUACAUCAAAAAUCACGAGGGCUAUACAACACCAACCGAACUGUUCCCCUCCAGUCUCACAAUGGACAACAUGAAGGAUGGGAGUCAGAACCCAAACAGGACAAAGUUUAUAUACAACCUAGAGGACCAUGAGUGGUGCGAAAAUAUGGAGUCGGUUUUAUAGUUUCUGAACCAUGAAGAGGACUAUCUGCUACCUUCAUAAUUCUCUUGAAGGAUUAUCGUCUUUCUGUCUUUCUUUCUUUCUUUAUUAAAUGAUAGAACAUUUUUUUAUCUGAAGUCCUAUUCAGGCUCUGGAAGACUGUUGCUGCUCUCUUCUCCAAAUUGGUAACUUUUGAUAGAGGCCAUUUUGUUUGUAGAGGUGUUAUCAGCGAGGAUGUCGUCCAGUGCCAGUGAACUCUGUUGUGAUUGUUAGUAGAAGACAACUACUGUCUGGUUCUGUCCUGCUCAUAGCUGAUUAGAUGGUCAAUAUUAUACUACUGUGGGCGCCAUACUCGCUUGAGUAUAAAAUGGAUCCAGUCAGUGAAAAUGACAGGUCCUGUUCGGUCAGUAUUACUAUGUGUUACAUCUCGUUCCGCCAGGGAACUAAUAUAUAAGUGUAAAUGAUUCGGUGUUGUGUAAUUUACGUUUUACUUUGAUGAAACGAACAGAGCACUUUCUCAUGUACUCUAUAUAGUAGAGGAAGUAGAACGCUUAUAUAGGAUGAUAGUCUGAAGUUACUGUAUGCUUUCAGUGUCAGAAUGCAGUUCAGAGGAGGUAGCUGAAAUGGUGUUAAUGUCAGCAUACAUUGUACAAAAACAGUACUCUUGCUGGAACAGAAACACUGUUUUUGACUAUGAACAUAGAAUACAGUUUGUCUUUCUAUGGGUUAUCUUAUAUUAUUCAUAUCCAUUUCUAUCAUUGUGAAAGAGAUACUGUAUAUCUGUCUUUUUGCAGACUCAUUUCUGAAGGGUCUUCAAGUUGUAAACAUUUCUUUGCUUUUUAUUUGCCUAGUUUAUUAAACCCUAAUAUUUUUGAACAUGAGGGAUUACUAGAUAAGAAUAUUAUUUAUGUUUGGGGGGGGGGGGACCAUAGCUUUUGGACCAUAGUGUGAAAAGCAAAGAUUGGAAAAACAACAAGUGUUUUUGUGUGUGUUAUAAUGACAUACCAUAUCUCUUCAAGCUAAACCAUGAAUAUUAAAGUUUAUAUAUUUGUACUUGUGAGGUUCAGAAUAUUUAAUUAGAGUUAACUAAACUGAGAUGAUAAUAUAAUAAUUUGAUAUUUAAUUAUUAAGACAUUUUUAGUUGGAAUCACAUAUCAGAUGGGAGCCAAUGUCAUAACAAGAAAGGAAUAAGAAACAAAACAAUGAACAAGAUCAAAGCAAACGAAAACAGGGCUUUUCUGUGGGAAGAGUAACACUGCUUGUUGCUUUAGGCAUGCAGAAUCUACAUGUGAAGUCUCACAAAAGGUACUUCGAGUAAUUUACAUGCAAUUGCUGAUAAUCCUACAAGGUAAUAGGCGUUCUUAUUUUGUUAUCCCUUGACAUAUUUAUUUGAAAACCCUCAAGGCUUGAUGGCACAUCUAACUUCUUAUUUUCCAUUUUCUCUACAGUUAAAGUUUUGGCAUUGUCCCUUUUCUUACACUUUUUUGUAUGGCAAUAUAUCAUUUAUUUUACUCUGGAAAUAAAAUAUUUUUCAGAAAAUAAACCAGA